GCUCCUCACUUAGCAUAGUUACUCCACAGUUUAACAGAGCUUUUGUGAGUGUGUAAUGUGCUUUUCUAAUUUCACAACAUAGCUAAACACGAAAAGUUUUUAAGUUGCAAAUAUAAGUAAUUGAGUCGAAUUUCAAUAAAAGCGUCAAUUUGCCUUAUAAUAUAUACAACGGCCAAGCAGGCAACUUGGUCAGACUAUCAUCAAACAACAGUAAAUAGGGGACCAAGGAUAAAAGUCGAAUCAGCCAGCAUUAAAAAUGUCGUCGCCCUGGUCCAAAGUCAGCAAUGAGCCAGUGCAGACAAUCAACCUGGCGGACAUUAUGUCCGAGCAGUAUGCACAUCGGCUGCACGACAAAGAGCUGGAGCAACAGCAAAAAAAACAACAAAAGCAAACACUGCCCACAGUGACGCCCACACCCUCUUCCAUAAAUGCCAAGAGUUACUUAAAUAUAGCUAGCACAUCAGCAAAAGCCAGUGAGGAGGCGACGACCAGCAGCGAUACAGGCGACUGGGAAGAUUAUUCGAUGCUACUCAAUAACGAAGGCAAGGGGGAGGCUGAAGCAUUGCCAGCGAGCAUGCUGACCAUGUUGGAGGAUGAAGCUGAAUCGGAUGCGGUCAUAGCUCAAAUGUUGCAAUCUCAGUUUGAUCACGAGUACAACGAGGAGCUGCGACGCAUCGAACGGCAACAAAAUAAACAAUCCAAGGUGACGGUGACGCUGAACAAAUUUCUUCGCAGCGGAGAUGCUGAAUUUCUGCACGAUACCGAAGCCGAUGAGGACUUCGAGGAGGAUGAGCUGGCGUGCCUCAAGCAGGACUGGGAUUGCUUUGAGACCAACGAAAAGAUGCUGGAUGCCAUACCAAAGUGCGGCUUCAAAUUGGAUAAAGAGGGCGAAAUGAUAACCAAGCACGAUCCGCAGUUGUGCGGCGUGCGCAAUGCCCAGCGCGUGAUGUCCUUCCCGCCAGAGUUUCCCACGGGCGAUGGCGCCUGCUUCGACAUGAAGUUAUCCAAUAAAGUCUUCAAUCAGCUGAAAGCUUACUCUCGACGCGGUCGCGCGGAUCGCAAGGAAAAAGUCGCCACAGCUGAAAUGGGCGUGGAUGCUGCCACGCGUCUGCUGCUCUACAAGUUGAUUAACAAUCAAAUAUUGGAGCAAAUCAAUGGCAUCAUAUCCACAGGCAAGGAGGCAGUUAUUUUGCACGCCAACUCCGAUGCCAGCUACACGGGCACCAACGAGCACGGUCAUGGCAAUGGUGUGCUGAUGCCAGCCGAACUUCUGCCCAAGGAGUGCGCUAUCAAGGUGUUCAAGACAACGCUGAAUGAGUUCAAGCAACGGGACCGGUAUAUCAAGGAUGAUUAUCGGUUCAAGGAUCGUUUCAGUAAACAGAAUCAUCGCGUCAUCAUCAACAUGUGGGCGGAGAAGGAGAUGCACAAUCUGAUGCGCAUGCAGAGCAUUGGCCUGAAUGUGCCCGAUGUGGUGGUGCUGAAGAAACAUGUUCUGGUCAUGCGCUUCAUUGGCGACAAUCACAAUGCCGCGCCCAAGCUGAAGGAUGCGCAUUUGAGCGCUGCUGAGUUGAGCUGUGCCUACGAGGAAAUCGUUGCUGCAAUGCACAAGUUAUACAAUGAGGCGAAGCUGGUGCAUGCCGAUCUCAGUGAAUACAAUAUACUCUGGUAUGAGGGCAAAUGCUGGUUCAUAGACGUGGCCCAGAGCGUGGAGCCCGAGCAUCCCAGCGGCCUGGAGUUUCUGAUGCGCGACUGUGGCAAUAUUGUGAACUUUUUCGAACGUCGCGGCCUGCCCAACAUCUACACCAAGGAGCAGCUGUUCGAGUUCAUCACCUCGCUGAAUGCGGAAACGCAUAAUGCAGCCAUGCUGGAGCGCAUUCAUACGCGUGGCGCCUCCAUCAAUCAGGCAACGGUGCCCAAUCAAACCGAAUGCCCCGAUGAGCUAAAGCCGCUCGAAUAUCCCUUCGAGCUGGCCUGGGAGAAAUCACAGCUAGAGCGGCAAGUGCGCAGUGAAGAGGCUGAACAGCAGGAGGAGGAAGUGGAGGAGCAGGCUGACCAAAGCGAAACGAAGCUAAACAACGACACCAAGAACACUGCCAAAUGUGCUUAAAAUGUUUAAUGCGCGUUUGUACUUAGAUUGAAUUUAUAAAAUUCAUGCAACUAUUAAGAUAACUCAAAUAUUUGAUUAGUUUUGCAGCUCGAACUGGGAUCUAGAAAUUAUCUUAAGUUGUU